AGCAACCAUUAACAAUUUCACAGCGGGAAGGGGUGGCUGCUUUUCGCAAACAUGAUGAUUUCGAAUAUGAGAAGAGGACAUGCUGUAAGCCUCCUUGUGCUAUGCUUAGCCAUUUUUCUGCUCACGAGCAGUGAAAUCGAUGAAGACGCCUUCAAAAGCACCGCAGAGUUAAUCGGCAGCAAGGGAUACCCUGUCGAAGAGUAUGACAUCAGGACCGACGACUGGUACAUCAUAACUGUGCAAAGAAUACCUGCCGGACGUGAAGACAUUCUAGGGGGAAUCGAAGUAACAAAACCAGUCGUCUUGCUGAUGAGCGGACUUGAAGGCUGCAGCGCGGACUUUGUGGUGAACAUGCCGCAUCAGAGUCUCGGCUUCAUACUAGCUGACAACGGCUUUGACGUGUGGUUGGGUAACGUCAGAGGCACGGAGUAUUCACGUCAUGUCUACCUAAAGAAGACGGACAGGAAAUUUUGGAAUUUCAGUUUUGACGAAAUGAUUAAGUACGACUUACCAGCGCAAAUAGAUUGGAUACUUCGCCAGACCAAGAAAAACACUCUGCAGUUUGUUGGAUGGUCCCAAGGAGGCGGCAUCAUGUUCGGGUUGCUUGCCGACAAGCCCAAAUACAACAAAAAGCACGCUGCUUUGUUGCUGAGAUACUUUCUUAUCGUCAGUGCAAGCACUUGUGUGUCUUCGCUUUUACAGAAAGCUGCCGAAUUCUUCUUUGGGGGAACACUCCUCGGACGGCACGACCUCGUGUUGAAAGCAGUGAGACUAAGUUCCUGUAGAAGUGUCAAACCGGGCCCCCUCUGCAAUGCAAGCUUCCGCUUUAUUAAUGGAGGAUAUCCCAUCGACAUGAACAAGACGAGGCUACCAGUGUACUUGGGAAAUGACCCCGCAGGAACAUCAGUACGCAACGUUCUUCACUUUACUCAGAUCACCAAGUCCAAUGAAUUUCGAAAAUUUGACUGGGGGCGAAAAAGGAACAAACGAGUAUAUGGUCAGCCGAGUCCGCCGUUGUACGAUCUGAGAAAAGUCACAGCAGCGGUGGCUAUCUACUGGGCCGACGGAGACGUUCUCACAACUCCCCAUGACAUAGCACACUUAAUUCGUAGGCUGCCUAAUGUUGUACUCACGUACAAAGUGCCCGUGCGGGGCUUCACGCAUCUGGAUUUCGGCUGGAGCAUCACGGCAUGGAAACACCUUUACAAAAAAAUUGUGGAAACAAUGAAACAAUACACCUAAAUAAAGUCGUGCAUGCCAUGUUU